AUGAAAGACAGCGGGAGACGCCUGCUGUGGUUGUUCGCACUAGCUCUCGUGGCACUCCCCCCAGCCUAUUGCUCCACAGGCGUAAAAGAUGACACGCCUAAUGAUUUGGCUUCUGCAAAUACCAAUGGGCCAAUAGUAAAGGGCAAGGAGAGUGAGGUUGCUGAAAUUCUUGCCAGCCCGCCGGCAUGCUUCCCUGAGUUGAUAAGUGCUGUGCCAUUCAGCAUAUACGGGGUAGACAAACACGGAAACCAUGUAAUUUUCCUCGAAGGCAGAUCAAUUAACUGGGAGGUGGUGAGCAGCAAAAAAUCACAUGACCUUGUUGACUACGUUAAGUACUUGGCGUUGUUCUUCUGGGUCAAUGUCGACAAGCGGGCAAACAGUGCCCUCACAGUUGUUGUGGAUACUAAUGGAUUUACACUACGCAAAGUGUUGAACGGGAGCGUCAAGGCGGUCCUCGAUGCGCUGGUUUCAGGCCUCGAGUCCACCGUUCAGUAUGUGGGUGAGAGGCCAGGCCAUGUCUUCCUUCUCAACUCUCCCGCGUAUCUCUCCCCCCUCAUCAGCCUUCUUUCUGGCCUGGUACAUCCAAAAGUGCAGCUCGUGUCCGUGAGCAGCAGAAAGAAAUGGGAGGUCUUGCUACAGGAUCACGUUGGCGCGUCAUUCCUACCAGUUGAGUACGGAGGCCUGAAAGCAAAGACUUUGAUGGAUUCGCCCUUUGUCAAGUCUAUUGACCAAGAGGUUAGAAGGAUCCUGGAGAGUAAAACCGCUGUUAAGUUGUAA